UAUGUGUAUCCAAAUUGGAAGUUAACUUAAAAUAAAUUUUCAAUGUGGAAACAGUUACAGAUGGGAAUAAGGGCUUUCAUGCUGAUUGCCUCUCGAGUAUGGACAUGUCUCUGUUUCAUGCUUAAAAAGCAAGCUAGAGCAGUCAUUCAGCAUCAAUCAGUGAAAUAUGAACUGUAUCCCCUGUCCCCUCUAUCGAGGCAUAGACUUAGUAUAGUAAAAAGAAAGACCCUAGUGCUAGAUUUAGAUGAAACCCUUAUUCACUCCCAUCAUGAUGGAGUAAUAAGACAGACAGUGAGGCCUGGGACCCCUCCAGACUUUAUACUAAAGGUUGUUAUUGAUAGGCACCCAGUGAGAUUCUUCGUUCACAAAAGACCACAUGUAGAUUUUUUCCUAGAUAUAGUUUCACAAUGGUAUGAAAUGGUAGUAUUCACUGCUAGUAUGGAAAUUUAUGGUGCUGCAGUAGCGGACAAAUUAGACAAUGGGCGAGGAAUACUUCGACGAAGAUUCUACAGGCAGCAUUGCACACCUGAUCUGGGAUCAUAUACAAAAGAUCUGAGCGCCAUCUGCAAUGAUCUCUCUAGUGUUUUCAUUCUGGAUAAUAGUCCAGGUGCCUAUAGAGCAUAUCCUGAUAAUGCAAUUCCAAUAAAAUCAUGGUUUUCUGAUCCGUAUGAUAUGGCUUUGCUGAAUGUUCUACCUGUUUUAGAUGCCUUGAGAUUUACAGCAGAUGUUAGAUCUGUUCUUUCAAGGAAUCUACAUCUGCAUCGACAGUGGAUUAAAAACGAUACCCCAUAUGUUCAUCCUUUGUGCAAAAUUCAGAGAAAUGAUUCUUCAGCAAUAAACCUCACAGCACAGUUUAACGAUAAACAACAGAUAGCUCAACAAAAUGAAAUAACAUUUGAAAAUAUAGUGACACAAGUGCAGGAGUAUGAAACUGAUAACAAUGUCGCAGUGUGA